UGGGCGGAGGCGCGGCGAUAGGCCCAACCGGGCCGCGGGAGAGAGCGGGAAGCGCGGCGGGCGUACAUCCUCUUCCGCCCCGGCCCGGAAGGGUGAUGUGGCUGGACCAAGCACCGGCCUCACUAUGUCUGCCAUUUUCAAUUUUCAGAGUCUGUUGACUGUAAUCUUGCUGCUUAUAUGUACGUGUGCUUAUAUCCGAUCCUUGGCACCCAGCCUCCUGGACAGAAAUAAAACUGGACUAUUGGGAAUAUUUUGGAAGUGUGCCCGAAUUGGUGAACGCAAGAGCCCUUAUGUCGCCGUAUGCUGUCUAGUGAUGGCCUUCAGCAUCCUCUUCAUACAGUAGCUUUGGGAACUACCAGCAUGGGACUGCCACCAGACUCUGCGAACAAGGACUUGCCGCCAGAAAAUAAUGGGAAGAAUAGUUGAGCCAUUUAUCUCUGAACAUGGAAUGAGAUAAAUUUCGAGAUGCUGUUCUCCAUUUUUAUGCCUUUGGACCAAUGAGCUAUAAAAAUAAUUAAGAUGUAACGGUUUAAUACACAGGAAUGUGAAUGUCGCGAUCAGCCUCAGUUCUGUCACUCCAAUAUUACACUGCAAAUGUCAUCCUGUUGUGUCGGGACUGCUUUU